AUGGAGAAUCAGAUAAGUCAAUUGGCCAACCAAUUUAGCCAAGACCUAAAGACUCCAGGAACCUUCCCGGGCCAGACUGAACAAUCUCAAAAAGGCCAAAUGAAUGUCAUCACCCUAAGGAGUGGAAAGCAGUUGGAAGAUCCUCCUACCAAGGAGCCAUCAAGGGAGGUCAUUGGAGAAGUAGGUGCAAGUGAGAAGAAAGUAGAAGAUGCUAGGGUCGUGGAAGCAUCAAAGGAAGCACCACCAAAGCCACUUGCUCCAUAUGUGCCUAAGGUUCCUUUUCCUCAAAGGUUAGCACAAGCUAAACUUGAGAAAAAGUUCAGUAAAUUCCUCGAUAUUCUUAAAAAGCUUCAUAUUAAUAUUCCAUUCCUAGAUGCCAUAUCUGAGAUGCCUUCUUAUGCAAAUUUUUUAAAAGAUAUGCUAUCUAACAAGAGGAAAUUAGAAGAGAUUACUACAGUUGCUUUGAAUGCAGAGUGCAGUGCUAUUUUGCAGAACACUCUCCCUAAGAAAUUAGGAGAUCCAGGUAGCUAUUCAAUACCAGUGAAGCUUGGAGAUAUUGAGAUCAAUAGGGCACUAUGCGAUCUAGGUGCAAGUGUGAGCCUUAUACCGCUGUCCAUAUCCAAGAAGCUAUAG